AUGAGGGUUAGAAAGAAGACUUCCAAGAGGGUAUCAACUCGAAUGAGGGAGGGUAUCAAAAAGAAGGCAGCUGCUCAAAAUCGUAAAGAUAGAAAACUGGCUAAGAAGGAUGUAACUUGGAAAUCAAGAGUACAGAAAGACCCAGGUAUUCCAUCUAAUUUUCCUUAUAAGAAUAAAAUAUUAGAGACAAUUGAGCAGAAGAAAAGAUUGGAUAUGGAGGAGAGAGAGCGUAAGCGAGCGGAAAGGAUAGAAGCCAAGCGUUGUUCUGUCGAGGAAAGAGCCGAGAUGUCGGAUGGUGAGGGCAUGGAAGACGCUGAGGAUGGGGCCACUGGGUUGGAGGCUCUUAUGGAAUCAGCUCAAAGAGCAGCCAAAGAAUAUGAUGGUUCUGAUGACAUGGAUUUAAGGGAAGAGGACUUGUCUGUGACAGAAUAUGAUGUAAACUUUUACGAGGAUUCAGAAGAAGGAGAAUCUGAACUUGAGAAGUCCAGAAAGGCAUAUGAUAAAGUGUUCAAAUAUGUUGUUGAUGCAUCCGACGUUGUUCUUUAUGUAUUGGAUGCUAGAGACCCCGAAGGUACCAGGUCUAGAAAGGUCGAACAUGCUGUUUUACAAUCUCAAGGUAAAAGGCUAAUUUUGGUACUUAACAAGAUUGAUUUGGUUCCCCCAACUGUUCUAGAACAGUGGCUGACCUUCUUGAAGUCCAGUUUUCCAACUGUUCCAUUCCGGGCCUCUCCAGGUGCUACGAAUGCUUCUUCAUUUAACAAAAAGUUGACCCAAGCUGCAACUGCUAGUGGGUUAUUGGACUCCCUGAAAAUAUAUGCAAAUAACUCCAAUUUAAAACGGUCUAUCGUAGUUGGUGUUAUCGGUUAUCCAAAUGUUGGUAAAUCCUCAGUUAUUAAUGCCUUAACCAGUCGCAAAGGUGGAUCUUCGAAAGCUUGCCCUGUGGGAAACCAAGCUGGUGUUACCACAUCAUUGAGGGAGGUUAAAAUAGAUAACAAGUUGAAGAUUUUGGAUUCACCGGGUAUCUGCUUCCCAGGUGAAUCCAGUAAGAAAGGUAAGACUGAACAAGAGGCGGAAUUAGCUCUACUAAAUGCUUUACCACAUAAAUAUAACAUUGACCCAUAUCCUGCGGUUUUAAAGUUGAUUAAAAGACUAUCACAGAGCGACGAGAUGACCUCGAGUUUUAAGGCUUUUUAUGAAAUUCCUCCAAUCGCAGCAUCAGAUCCAGACCAAUUCACAAAGCAGUUCUUAAUCCAUGUUGCACGUAAAAGGGGAAGGCUAAGUAAAGGUGGUAUUCCUAAUCUAUCAAGUGCGGGGAUGUCGGUGUUGAAUGAUUGGAGAGACGGAAAGAUUUUAGGCUGGGUCUUACCAAACUCCUCUAAGGCAUCAGCCACUGAAGUCGAUAAACAGAAAGAGACAUUAGGCACUGGCGCUACGCAUGCUCCAAAGAAAGUGGAGCAAACAACUAUUGUUCAACAGUGGUCCAAGGAAUUUGAUCUUGAUGGCCUAUUUACUUCCUUAGAUAAAGCUGUUCAAGCUAGCAACGAAGAUGCUCUAAUGAAAGAAUAA